AUGAAUUUUGACGAUUUUGAUCUUUUACAACAUCUCCGUGAGGCCUUGAGGAACGUCCAAGAUGGAGAGCUUUGUAGGCAGCCAAGAAGUGGUGAACCACCACGGGUUGUGGAUAAAUUCAAAAUGACCGAACUCCCCGAGUUUUUUGGUGGGACAGAUCCUGAGCGAGUAGUAACCUUGAGGGAAGCCAUUAAGUACCGUGAGGAGUUGUUUGAGGAGAAAAGGUUGGGUGACAUAUUUGUGUUUGAUGAGGGCAACGAGGAUGAGGAGGUGGAAGGAUAUGAGGCUCUAUUGUUUGCCUUUGAACAUCAAAUUGAUCUUGUUCCAGGAUCCUCACUGCCCAAUAAGGCUGCCUAUCGCUGUAAUCCGGAGGAAACCAAGGAAUUAAAGAAGCAAAUUAAUGAACUUAAGAGUCAGGGUUAUGUUCGAGAAAGCUUGAGUCCAUGUGAUGUACCGUUUUUUCUUGUACCUAAGGAGGAUGGAACGUGGAGGAUGUGUGUUGAUAGUAGGGCAGUGAAUAACAUUACCAUUUAG